CAGUCCUUGGCAUCAUGGCUUUCACACUGGUGCCCCUGCUUCAACUGCUCCUGGUCUCACUGGUGUCUGCAUCGCAUCACUAUGGGGGAACCGUGACCUUCUCCUACAAAGGAAGAAACCCUGAUGGAUCCCAUAGGGUCGACAUUCGCAACAGGGACACUUUUGAUGGGUGUCGGUUCUCCCACUCAUGGCAAUGUUUCAACGGCAACUGUGGCCAGAACAUCAGAAGUCAGAGCGGAGUGCUUGACCAGAGCACCAAUGCGCCACAAUAUAACAGGCAGUGGUGUGAAACUGAAACAGUCGUUACGAAAAAACUCUGGAGUGAAAAACCUUUUCAAGAGAGGGCAGCUAGCUGUUGUUGGAUCCCAACGCGCUAUGGGAAUAGUAACUGGAGGCUACUGACUCAUGUGGAUUUGGGAACGAGAUCUGACACCAGACAACCAAACAGAUCACCAGACAUCGCCAUUCUACCUUUCCUCCGAGUUCCUCAGAACUGCCCACGGACAUACAACUUGAUGUCCGCUGAUCCUGAUGGUGACCGAGUUCGAUGCCGAUAUGGAAAUGCCAUGGGUACAGAGUGCAGCUCGUGCAACCAGCCAUCAGGCUUCCACUUAGAUCAGGACUCUUGUACAUUACACUACCACAACACCAGUGCCAAUGCAAGAGUUUUUGGAUUUGAGUUGGUGGUGGAGGACUACCCACAAGGCCACAUCACUCUUGCCUACACGGAUGGAUCCCGAUCCGCCAGGAGUCCACUGCCAAGGAGGAGAAAGAGACAACUAUUAAUCCCAUCUACAACAACCGCAGCCCCAUGGUGGUGGUGGCACAGUACAACCACAUAUCCAACCACCACCGCACCAUCAACCGCACCAUCAACCGCACCAUCAACCACUGCCCCAUGGUGGUGGUGGCACAGUACAACCACAUAUCCAACCACCACCGCACCAUCAACCGCACCAUCAACCGCACCAUCAACCACUGCCCCAUGGUGGUGGUGGCACAGUACAACCACAUAUCCAACCCCCACCGCACCAUCAACCGCACCAUCAACCACAGCCCCAUGGUGGUGGUGGCACAGUACAACCACAUAUCCAACCCCCACCGCACCAUCAACCGCACCAUCAACCACAGCCCCAUGGUGGUGGUGGCACAGUACAAGCACAUAUCCAACCACCACCGCACCAUCAACCACAACCCCCUGGUGGUGGUGGACCUCUACAACCACACCAUAUACCACAACCUCAUGGUCGUGGUGGCGGCACAGUACAACCACAACUGCACCCACAACUACAACCACACCCAGAACCACAACACCAUACACUACUACAAGUCAGCUGCAUGCCACGUCUGCUCCUCUCAGUAAACUACCUUUGCAGUUCUCUUUACUUGUGGACCCACCUGCUCCCUCAUGUCAAGAUGGACUCUACUUGCCGAAGUUUGUGCAGCCAACACCUGAAAAUGGAGCACGUAUCCGCGCAGAGGUCAACAAAGAAGUGGAGAUCAGAGUCAAAGCACAAGCUGCAUAUGCAACAUUACAUGAUAUCAUCAUCAGUGGGCCAAUGAACAUCAGCAAGCACAGGAAUACACAUGAUGAGUUUGCCAUUAGGUGGACGCCUAUCCUAGAUGACCUUGGAGAUCAUUUCCCAAUCUGCUUUGCUGUUGAAUCAGUGACGGGGUCUGCAGCAACCGCUGGUCAAACCACACAAAAUCACCAUCACCAUCACUUCUCCACCCAAACUUCACAGUCUGGCAUCUAUCAGUCCGAGAUGAGGUGUGUUCUGGUGGAGGUCAGGAGGGAGCAAGUUAAAGCCCACGUGGUCUGCAGUGAGUCAUCAAUGACGGUACAUGUUGACAAAUCGUCAUUCGAUGGACUCCACGAGGAUCAUCUGCGGCUCAGUGAUCCCACCAACACUGCCUGCAGCCUCCAGACACACUCCAACAGUACCCACGUCAUUGCUGUCGUCCCCCUCAACGCUUGUGGAACUCAGAUCGAGGAAGAUGAUGAUAACCUCAUUUUCAAGAAUGAAAUCACCACGGUCGACAACAGCAGAGACCUGAUCACCAGGAAGCACCUGCUGGAGGUGCAGUUCUACUGCGAGUACCCCAAACGAGGAAAUGUGACACUGAGCUUCACAGCACACAGAGAGAAUGUCACAGUGUGGGAGAGAGGCUUUGGCACGUUCACCUACGACUUUGAGUUCUACCCUGACAACCAGUACCAAACUAUGAUUGAUCCAAAUUCAUACCCUCUGGAGUAUGACAUCGGGAGCAAGAUUUACAUGCAGUUAGAGGCCACCUCUUCAGUCAACAACACUGAACUGUUUGUGGACUCCUGCAGAGCUGCACCAUAUGAUAACCCCACCUACCAUCCAACCUACUCCAUCAUUGAAAAUGGGUGUAAAGUGGACCCAACUGUUGAGAUCUAUUCCCCCGCCCACAACAAACAGUUCAGGUUCAGCAUGGAGGCUUUCAAGUUCAUUGGACUGCACGAUCAGGUAUACAUCAGCUGUUCAGUCCUGAUGUGUGAAGCAGGAGUCCCCAACACCAGGUGCUCGCAAGGAUGCAUCAACUCCACAUGGCCAAGUGGUCAACACCAUCACCACCGAAAGAGAGAGGCUGUCGUCCAAACUGCAAAUCACUUUGUUUCCCAGGGCCCCUUGCGCCUAAGGAGAUCGGCAGAGUCCCCCGCAGCCACAGUGACCAACCUGAAUCUGAACCUGGUAUUCAUUGCUGGGUGUCUUCUCGCAGCUCUUGGCAUGGUCUGUGGAUUGGCCAUGUACAAAGUCAAAAUGUCAAAGGUCAAAUACCAACCUUUGCCUACAUUUGAAAGUUAAGACAGCAGCGUUUGAAGAAUUCCAAACCCUCAGUUUGAUUUUUUUUUUUCGAGAGGUUUUGGGUGUUCAUGUAUCUCCUCAUAUGCACAUUUUAAUGAAUUAAUUUUAUAUCAACAUCCUUAGAAAUGCCCACAUCUAUACUUGUAUAAGCUGUGGAAAUACUGGGGUCAGGUGAAAUAUGUCUGUGCAACUGGAAAACUUUGGAGAGAAACUUUUAUAUUAAAUGAUAGGAUGAUCAACUAGUUAUGCAGCUGCUGGGUGAUGUGAUUAUAGGUGUGGGAUCCCAAUUAUCUUUAUAACUGCUUCUACUAAUAUGUACUACAGUAAGAUCUAAAACAAGUAUCUUGAUUGUUAUGUGUAGUCCUAUCCAGUCAUAAUCAUUAUAUGUGAAAACCCUUCAAUUGCUUUGGAUGAAUGGAGAAUACCUAACUCACUUAUGAUAUAUGUGUUUGCUGGAAAAAUAAAAAUAUA